UCUGCAGUUCCCUCUCCCAAUCGAUCUUUGCUCUCCCCACCAUGUCCCAGCCCUUGCCCGACAUCCUCGCCCUCGGCCCCGCCCAGGUCUCGUCCGUCCUCCUGAACCACGUCGGGUUCAACACCAAGAGCCCCAAAAAGUUCCUCGUCGCUGCUCCUGCUGCUGCUGGCCUGACAUCCUUUGAGCUCCUUGGCCCGGACGGCGCCAAGGUCUUCACCGGCCCGCUGGUCGCUGCCGGCACCACCGACGAGUGGUCUGUUGGCCACCACUGGCUUGGUGAUCUGAGCGGCUUUGAGGCCGCUCCUGGCCUGAGCUACCGCAUCCGUGUGCCCUCGGGCGACUCGACUCCUGAACUGCUCUCCGAGCGCUUCGACAUUGGCGACGAGCUCCUGGCCGAGAGCAUCGUCCCCGACCUGAUCCACUACUUCCGAUCCCAGCGUGUCGCUGGCAAGUUCGCCAAGGCCGACCACACCGUCCCCUUCGCACCUGCUGCCGACGGCACCCAGCGCUCCGGAACCGUCGAUGUCCACGGCGGCUGGUACGAUGCCUCGGGCGACGUUUCCAAGUACCUCAGCCACCUGUCGUAUGCCAACUUCAUGAACCCCCAGCAGACUCCCUUGGUUGCCUGGAACCUGCUCGACGCCGCCGACGUCUUUGCCACCCUGCCCGACAACGACCGUCUGACCGCCCAGGUUGCGCACUUGCGCGAGGAGGCCAUCUACGGCGCCGACUUUUUGGUCCGCAUGCAGGACCCCGAGGGCUACUUUUACAUGACCGUCUUUGACAAGUGGUCCAAGGACAUUAAGCAGCGCGAGAUCUGCUCGUACGCCACGCAAAAGGGCCUCAAGUUUGAUACUUGGCAGGCUGGCUAUCGCCAGGGCGGUGGUCUCACCAUCGCUGCCCUCGCUCGCACCAGCACCCUCAAGCCCGAGUUCAUUGCCGCCUGUGGCGAUUACGCCCCCGAAAAGUACCUCGCUGCCGCCGAGACUGGCUUCCAGCAUCUCGAGCUCCACAACAAGGAGUACCUCGACAACGGCGAAGAAAACAUCAUCGAUGACUACUGCGCGCUGCUGGCUGCCUCGGAGCUGUUCCUGGCCACGCGCAAGGAGGAGUAUCUCGAAGCUGCCCGUCGCCGCGCCCAGUCGCUGCAAAGCCGCCAGGCCUCGAACGAGACCGUCAAGAACUUUUGGGUCGCCAACAACCAGCUCGAUGGCGGCGAAGGCUUCCGUCCCUUCUUCCAUGCCUCUGAUGCUGGUCUGCCCGUGACCGCCCUCGACCGCUACAUCGACGCCGAGACCGACGAGGCCGCCAAGGACGCUGCCCGUGCCACCAUCCGCCGGGCGGUGGAGUUUGAGCUGGCCAUCACCACCGAGGUCAACAACCCCUUCCACUACCCACGCCAGUACGUCAAGCCCGUCGAUGCUGCUGCCCACACUGCCUUCUUCUUCCCCCACAACAACGAGUCGGGCUACUGGUGGCAGGGCGAGAACGCCCGCCUGGGCUCGCUCUCGGCCGCCCUCUCCAAGGCCCUGAAGCACCUCACCGACGCCGACAGCUCGCUGGCCCAGGAGCUGCGAGUCUCGGCCACCCGCCACAUCGACUGGAUCCUCGGCGCCAACCCCUUCGACAUGUGCAUGCUCCAGGGACGCGGCCGACGCAACCCCGAGUAUCUGCGUCCGUUUGCCAACGCCCCCGGCGGUGUCUGCAACGGCAUCACCUCGGGCUUCGACAACGAGCACGACAUUACCUUCAAGCCCGAGCCCCAUGGCGGAGACUGGGCCCAGAACUGGCGUUGGGGCGAGCAGUGGAUCCCGCACGGUGCCAACCUGCUGCUUGCCGUGGCGUACCUGGGCCGUUACUGAACCGCGCAAGCGUGUUCCCCCUGAGCUCGCUGGGGCGGUCUGUCGAUCCGUGAACCGACCUAAAUAAUGGCUCGGCCAUCAAUCCGACCUUUGAUAUGGAGUCUCGGGCGCUGUGUCCGAGAUCGGUGUUGUCCAUCGUGAUUUUUUGAUGUAGAUAUUCUGUUGUUACAGCGUGUCCCCGAACGAAACGGGGGGACACAUCUUGUUUUGAGCCAGAGUUGUUUUUUUCAUGGUCCUGAAUUACACACACCCCCAUCGCCCAUCAUGACCAAA